AGGGUUCAGGGCUUCAGUAAGUACUCAGUCAGCGUGGUGAACUACUUUUGAAACUCUCUCUCUUCUAUAUAUGCUCUACUCUAUGGAGAGAGAGAGAGAGAAGAGUAGCUGCGUAAGCCGUGUAGGUCUCUGUUAAAGCUAGUAGCCAUUCUUGCAGUUUGAUAACAGCAUCUGUCAGAGGGGAAAUGAAGGCAUGGCUAGCAAGUGCGUUAUAUAUUCACCAUCAGAGAACAACCCAAUUUGUUACUCCUCAUCUCCUUGUUCUUCCUCUUCUCAUUGUUCUUCUGCGGGGAUGGUUCUUGCUGACAUAGGUUCUCUUUCUCUUAGUCCUAACUAUGGAGUGAUACCGCCAGCAUCUUCUUCUCAUGAGCUGGAAAUUGAAAGAUCUUCUUGGGUUUUUCCUUUCACGGGGAGCCAUCAGAGUGGUGAUGUUGUUUUGGAGGGUAAAGGUUCUGAUUGUAGUGAUGCGUUUGGAGAAAACAAUGACACUGCAAAUCGCAAUGCCAACUCUAUUGAUGAGAACCCUAAUAAUGAAAAUAUGAACAGUGGGAAGGAAACAGAUAGUGGGCAGUCAAAGCUCUGUGCAAGGGGCCAUUGGAGACCCGCGGAAGAUACUAAGCUUAAAGAACUCGUAGCCCUUUAUGGCCCUCAAAACUGGAACCUUAUAGCUGAGAAGUUAGAGGGCAGAUCAGGUAAAAGCUGCAGAUUGAGAUGGUUUAACCAGUUGGAUCCAAGGAUAAAUAGAAGAGCGUUCACAGAAGAAGAAGAAGAGAGAUUAAUGCAAGCUCAUAGACUUUAUGGCAACAAAUGGGCCAUGAUAGCCAGACUUUUCCCUGGAAGGACUGAUAAUGCAGUGAAGAAUCACUGGCAUGUUAUAAUGGCCAGAAAAUAUAGAGAACAAUCGAGUGCCUAUAGAAGGAGAAAGCUUAGUCAAUCAAUCUACAGAAGAUCGGAGGAAACUUCAAGCUUUGUCUGCACAGAUCCAGGCUCAAAAGCAGAACCACCACCAUAUUGUCUCAAUAUUCCCAACGCUGGAGGGCUAACCAGUUUAUCUCCUUACCCAAUUGGAACCUUCAAUGCUGGGGUUGAUUAUGGCUUAAAUGGAUCACCUCACAUGACUAGUGGAGGAGAAGCAGCCUCAAGCAUCCAGGUCCAGGUCCAGGUCCCUCUAACUGGGUUUUGUGCACAGCAGACACCUUUUGAGUUCUUCCCUGGUUCCAAGAGCAAUGACGUGAUGGGCAUGUUCAGCCACAGCAGAUCUUGGGAUAGGCCAAGUGACGAGCCCCACAUUUCUGGUUUCUAUCCCCAACUCCACGACUCAUACAUAAUGGCAAUGCAACAGUCAAACUACCAAAACCCUUAUUAUUUCUCUGCAGAUUCCAAAGCAUCAACACCACCUCAAGUUUCAGCAACUGAACCUUCGCCUUCACCUUCACCUUCACCAUCAGUGGCAGAGAACACAAGAACCGGCCAUUUCGAGACCAUUCCACCACCAUUCAUUGACUUUCUUGGAGUAGGAGCCAGAUGAAGUGUUGCCAGCUAAAGAAAGGCUGAAAAGGGUUUAUUUUUCUUUUCACAGAAGAUCAUCAGAGAGAGCCUUAAUGAGGAGGUGCUCCAAUGUUAACUGAGGGUGCCAUUAGAGGUAAAAAAAAGAAGAAAGAAAAAUAUUUUUAAUUGUUUGGUUGAGUGACGGUAUUAUUUAGCAUCAGUCUUUUGAUGUCACGUCUCUCCCCCUCUAUUGUUUCUUGUAAGUUGUUGCAACCCUUUCUCCUCACAACAAAUAAUCUCCAUUUGAUUAUUAUUAACC